AUGAAAAAGUUCCCAAACCAUGGUCUCACUGAGAGACACCUAAAACAGGCCUUCUAUAGAUCUUUGAGUUAUGUCACUAAACCUGUUGUUGAUGUAGUGUGUGGAGGAUCAUUUAUAAGGAAGCCAUUCUCAAAGAGCAUGCAACUAAUGGAUGAAGUGUCAAAGAAUAACAGGGCAUGGUACACCAGGGAGGUAGAAGUAGGAGACCUGGGGUUUGAAGAUCAAGAUGUUGAUCUAGAUGAAGAGGCAAAUUACUUGAGAAACCAAGAAGAUUUCCAAGAUUAUAUCUCAGGUAAUAAACACCGGACAAGUGGUAGUUCCAGCAGGUCUAAGCUGGAAGACAUGUUGGCCAAGAUUGAGCAGCAAUUGGGGCAACUUUCAGUCUUAUUAAAUCAGAGAAAGAAUGGGUCACUACCUAGUGACACGAUUCAAAAUCCGGAAAAGGAAAGGCACUGCAUGGCUAUCACCACCAGGAGUGGUAUGAUUCUUAUUGACCCAAUUUCUGUAGGCAUUAAACAUAAGCAGGUGUUGGAGCAAGUUGGAAGAGAGGAGGAUAAAGCUAAGCAAGUAGACGACUUGGAAGAUGCUCAACCAAUAGCCAAACCAGCAGAAGCAAAAGAAAAAGAGAUGCCAGGAUAUGCCAAGUUCAUGAAAGACUUGGUCACAAAGAAAACAUUUAAGGAGGAGGAUCCGGGUGCAUUCACCAUACCGUGCACCAUCGGAUCAACUGAAUUCGCAAAGGCCUUGUGUGACUUUGGGGCCAGUAUAAACUUGAUGGCGCUGGCCAUCUACAAGCAACUUGGCUUAGGAGUUCCAAAACCCACAGCCAUGAGGUUGAUGAUAUCAGAUAGGUCAGUGAAGCGACCUAUGGGCAUUCUAUGUGAUGUGCUCGUAAAGGUGGACACGUUCAUCUUUCCAGCAAUCUUCAUUAUCUUGGAUUGCGAAGUAGAUUUUGAGGUUCCCAUUAUUUUGGGAAGACCAUUUCUGACCACGGGACGAGCAUUGGUAGAUGUUGAGUGA